UUCAGAAACACUAGAAAGAACAUGAUCGAAGUGCGUGAUCAUCGUCGUCCCCAUCACUUUUGCAACAAUCUAGCCGUUUCUGCUUUCUAACGUUAAAAAUCAUUUCCUCAGGUCCAUUGGCUCUAGCGUCCCAAAGGAGCACUACAGAUUCUACAUAAUUAUCAGAAUCGAAUUGCUGAAGUAAAGCUAGCGUUAGCUGUAAAACAUGGACUGUGCCAACCUCCAUACAGCAUAAAGGCAGAGAAGAAGAAUAGGGGAGAGAGAGAGAGACAAAGCAUAGUGAACCCAGAGAUCUGACCAAAACCAGAACCAACAUGAGGAAAUGGAAAGGUGAGAAAAGGAAGGAGGAAAAGAAAUAAAGAAGCAGCUGAGGUUGUUUAUCGCCUCUGGUGGUGAUCGGAACCGAUUAUUAUUAUUAUUAUUAUUAUUUUUUUGCAACAGAGACUCGGUUUCCCAUCGUUGGUGUGGAUUUCGGUGGUCUAACGCACACUUGCCACUUCUAGCUUGUAUCAUCCAAAUUUUGCGGAUUAAGUCCCUAUAACAUCAGAAGAGAAAGCGUUGGUGUUAUUAGCUAGAGCUAUGGCAGCCAAGCCCCAAGCAGAUUUUAAAAGAAAGUAUUCGUGGUGGUGGGACAGCCACAUAAGUCCAAAGAACUCAAAAUGGCUUCAAGAAAAUCUGACCGAUAUGGAUUCCAAGGUGAAGCAGAUGAUUAAGCUUAUUGAAGAAGAUGCAGAUUCCUUUGCCAGGAGGGCAGAAAUGUACUAUAAAAAGCGCCCGGAGCUUAUGAAAUUGGUUGAAGAGUUUUAUAGGGCAUACCGUGCUUUGGCUGAAAGAUAUGAUCAUGCAACUGGGGUCAUCCGCCAAGCUCAACGGACUAUGGCUGAAGCAUUUCCCAACCAAGUCCCUAUGUUACCGGCAGAUGAUUUACCAAGUGUUCCUUUUAUGGAGGCUGAGCCACGAACUCCUGAGAUGUCUCACUCUUCUCGUGCUUUUAUGGACCCUGAUGAAGUGCAAAAGGAUGCUUGUGGAAACCCUUCAUCUAAUUUCUAUGCUAUUAAAAGAAAUGGAGCUUUUACUGAAGAACCUGAUUCUGCUAAAAACAGAAGGGGCUUGAAACAGCUCAAUGAUCUCUUCAUGCCUGGAGAGGGACGCGCUAGAAAAGAGCUUAAUUUUCAUGAUGUGGAUAAUGAUAAUAAUAAAAAAAAUGAUGGGAACCAUGACAUCAGAGCUCAAGUUUUGUCUGAGUCUGAACAGGUGACGAGGGCCGAGGCAGAAAUUUUGGCAUUAAAAAGAGCUCUUGCUAACUUGGAAGAUGAAAAGGAAGCUGGCUUGCUUCAAUAUCAGCAGAGUUUGGAGAGAUUGUCUAAUCUAGAGUCAGAAGUAUCUCAUGCAAAAGACAGUUCCCGGGAACUCAAUGAACGAGCAGGCAAGGCUGAAGCAGAAGUUCAAACUUUGAAAGAAAUUCUUAGUAGAUUGCAGGCUGAAAGGGAAACUAGCCUUCUUUGGUACCAGCAGUGCUUGGAUAAAGUAUCCAACCUGGAGAAAAAUAUUUCCUCUACUGAAAAGAACGUCGGAGAACUUAAUGAAAGAGUCAUUAGAGCUGAAACGGAGGUUGAAUCCCUUAAAAAAGACCUUACUGCAGUAGAAGCUGAAAAGGAAGCAGCCCUUGAUCAGUACAAACAGUGCUUGGAGACAGUAUCGAAGUUGGAGGACAGAUUAGUACUAGCUGAGGAGAAUGCUAGAAAGAUUAAUGAGCAAGCUAAUAAAGCUGGAAAUGAAAUUGAGGCCUUGAAGUUUGAUUCUAAACUAACUGAGGAGAAGGAAGAUGCAGCUCUUCGUUAUCGGCAAUGCUCGGAAAUAAUUUCCAGUUUGGAGCAUAAACUUUCUUGUUCUGAAGAGGAGGUGCGUAAGCUAAAUUUCAAGAUAGAUGACAGUGCUGAAAAGUUGCUGAGUUCCGAGCAGAAGUGUCUACUCUUGGAAACAUCAAAUGAAAAUAUGCAGUCUGAACUGCAGUCUUUGGUGCAGAAGUUGGGCUGUCAAAAUGAAGAACUUAGUCAGAAGCAAGAGGAUUUUUGUAGGCUUUGGAAUUGCAUACAAGAGGAGAGGUUACGGUUUGUAGAGGCUGAAACGGCUUUCCAAACUCUUCAGAAUUUGCACUCUCAAUCUCAAGAAGAACUGAGAUCUAUUGCUGCUGAGCUUCACCAUAACGCUGAAGUUCUGGAGAAUGUAGAAUUUCAUAAGCAGGCUUUAGAAGAGGAAGUACAAAAGGUCAAGCAGGAAAACAAAAUUCUAAAUGAGUUCAAAAUUUCUUCAUCUUUGUCUACUAAAAAUUUGCAGGAUGAAAUAUUUAAUCUGAGGAAGACAAUAGAGAAACCCGAACAAGAUGUUGAACUGCGAGUAGAUGAGAGAAAUGCUCUCCAGCAAGAAAUUUACUGUCUUAAAGAGGAGCUCAGUGAUGUGAAUGAAAGGCAUGAUGCCAUGAUCGAGGAGGUUAGUUCAACUGGCUUAGAUCCACGAUGCUUUGGGUUUACUGUGAAGAAAUUACAGGAUGAGAAUUCAAAGUUGAAAGAGACAUGUGAGGCUGACAGAGGUGAAAAAGCAGUUCUUCUGGAAAAAUUGCAGAUAAUGGAGAAACUUUUGGAGAAAAAUACUGUUUUGGAGAAUUCGCUCUCAGACCUGAAUGUUGAAUUAGAAAGUGUCAGAGGAAAGGUACAGUUCUUAGAAGAAACGUGCCAAUCUCUACUCGAGGAGAAAUCCACUCUCACUGUUGAGAAGGCUAGCUUGUUUUCUCAGUUGCAAACUAUGACUGAGAAGCUAGAGAAUGUUUCCGAUAAGAACAACCUUCUGGAAAAUUCAUUAUUUGAUGCCAAUGCUGAACUUGAAGGAUUAAAGGUGAAGUGGAAAAGCUUAGAAGACUCACACCAAUUACUUGGCUUUGAGAAGUCCAAUCUGAUCUCUGAGAAAGAAACCUUAGCGCAACAGUUGAACGUUGCUCAUCGAAUGCUGAAAAGUAUCGAGAAUCAACAUAGUGAGCUGGAACUAAGGCAUUUGGAACUGAAAGGUGAGAAGGAAUCUGCACUUCAAAAGGUGGAGGAGCUUCUGGUUUCAUUUUAUGCAGAGAGGGAAGAACACUGCAGAAUUGUGCAAUUGAAUGAGAGACACUUGGCUGAGAAGGAAUUACAACUUCAUAUUGCACAAGAAGAUGCAAAUUGUAGGAAAAAGGAAUACGAAGAAGAACUGGAUAGAGCUGCACAUGCUGAAAUUGAAAUUUUCCUCUUGCAAAAAUGCAUCCUGGAUCUGGAGGAAAAGAACUUCUCCCUUUUAGUUGAGUAUCAGAGACUAUUGGAGAAAUACAAAAUUUCUGAGAAAUUGGUAUCAAAUUUGGAGAAUGAAAAGGUUCAAAAGCAGGUUCAGAUGAAUUCUUUGUUUGACAGAAUCAAAAUACAUAGGAGUGGGCUGCUUCAGGUGUCGAACACUCUAGACCUUAACAGGGACCAUUCUUUUGAUGAUAUGGCUGAACAAGACCACAUUCUUCUGGACCAUAUACAUGGUAAAAUUCAGGAGAGACAGAAAUGUCUAGAUACAAUUUUCAACGAAAACCACCACCUGGCCAUUGAGAAUUCAGUUCUUGUCACAUUCCUUGGGCAGUUGAAGGUAAAGGCGGAAAAACUUGUGACAGAAAGAGAUUCCCUUGAUGAGGAGUUGAGGAUCCAGUCUGAGCAGUUAUUGGCCUUACAAGCAGAGGUCCGAAGCAUACAAGAGAAGAAUCAAGAAUUGAAACUGACUAUAAGCAAGGGAGAACAGAGAAUUGAAGAAAUGGCUACUAAAACAGGGGUUCUACUUCAGCAGCUGUCGGACUUGGAGCGGGCUCACAAAAACUUACAGGAUGAAAGUUGCAAUACAUGGGAAGAGAAAAAUUCCUUGAUGAGAAGAUUCUUAGAUCUGGGUGAAGAGAAAGGCAACUUGGAAGAAGAAAUCUGUGCCAUGAUUCAUGAUACAAUGGCUCAAUCUAAUAUUUCUCUGAUCUACCAGAACAUUGUCUUUGAAAAGGUCCUGGCACUCAGAGAGCUAAAUGAAGAUCUUGGUGAACUUUGUUCAGUAAAUGACGACCUCAAGAAUAGGUUGAAAGCUAUGACAGAAAAAUUAGAAGAUGUACAAAUGGAAAAUUCAUAUCUUAAGGAGUCAUUUGACAGAUCAAGCAUUGAACUAAAAUCAGUUCAAUCUGUCAAUGAUCAGUUGGGUUGUCAGAUUCAGAAAGGAAAGGAAUUGCUGUCACAAAAGGAAAGCGAGCUUUUGGUUGCAUCAGAAAUGUUUAGAGCUUUGCACACCGAGAAAACAGAGUUGCAAGAAAUGUUGGAAGAUUUAAAAUUUAAGUACGAUGAAGCCAAGGUGAUACUUGAUGAUCAAACUCGUCAAAUUUUGAACUUAUCCUCAGACAAGGAUCAUCAGAAUGAAGAGCUCAGAUGUCUGCGUGGAGUGAAUCAGAAGUUGGAGUCUAAAGUGGGACUCCUUUGUGAAGAACUUGAAGAAACUAGACUAAGAGAAGAGAAGUUAAAUUAUCAACUCAAGGAGGGAGCAAAUGAGAUUGAGCUCUGGGAAACUCAAGCUGCCACACUCUAUGAGGAAGUGCAGAUAUCUACUGCCAAGGAAACUUUAGCUGAAGGAAAGUUUCAUGAGCUAGCCUAUACUUGUGAGAGUCAGAAUGAAGAGCUCAGAUGUCUGCGUGAAGUGAAUCAGAAGUUGGAGUUUAAAAUGAGGCAUCUUCGUGAAGAAGUUGAAGAAAUUGGACUGAGAGAAGAGAAGUUAAAUUGUCAACUCAAGGAGGGAACAAAUGAGAUUGAGCUCUGGGAAACUCAAGCUGCCACACUCUAUGAGGAAGUGCAGGUAUCUACUGCCAAGGAAACUUUAGUUGAAGGAAAGUUUCGUGAGCUAGCCAAUGCUUGUGAGAGUCAGAAUGAAGAGCUCAGAUGUCUGCGUGAAGUGAAUCAGAAGUUGGAGUUUGAAAUGAGGCAUCUUCGUGAAGAAGUUGAAGAAAUUGGACUGAGAGAAGAGAAGUUAAAUUGUCAACUCAAGGAGGGAACAAAUGAGAUUGAGCUCUGGGAAACUCAAGCUGCCACACUCUAUGAGGAAGUGCAGGUAUCCACUGCCAAGGAAACUUUAGUUGAAGGGAAGUUUCACGAGCUAGCCAAUACUUGUGAGAGUCAGAAUGAAGAGCUCAGAUGUCUGCGUGAGGUGAAUCAGAAGUUGCGGUCUGAAAUGGGGCAUCUUUGUGAAGAAGUUGAAGAAACUAGACUGAGAGAAGAGAAGUUAAAUUAUCAACUCAAGGAGGGAACAAAUGAGAUUGAGCUCUGGGAAACUCAAGCUGCCACACUCUAUGAGGAAGUGCAGGUAUCCACUGCCAAGGAAACUUUAGUUGAAGGAAAGUUUCACGAGCUAGCCAAUACUUGUGAGAGUCAGAAUGAAGAGCUCAGAUGUCUGCGUGAGUUGAAUCAGAAGUUGGAAUCUGAAGUGGGGUAUCUUUGUGAAGAAGUUGAAGAAACUAGACUGAGAGAAGAGAAGUUAAAUUAUCAACUAAAGGAGGGAACAAAUGAGAUUGAGCUCUGGGAAACUCAAGCUACCACACUCUAUGAGGAAGUGCAGAUAUCUACUACCAAUGAAACAUUAAUUGAAGGAAAGUUUCGUGAGCUAGCCAGUACUUGUGAGAGUCUUGAACGUGAACAUAACAAUAAAAGUAUUGAAGGUGAACGGAUGAAAGAAAGAGUUAGCAAGUUGGAAGAUCAAAAUGGAAGAUUACAUGACCAGUUGGCUGCUUAUGUCCCAGCUGUCAGUGCUUUGAAGGAUUGCAUCGCAUCUUUAGAGAUGCGGACUCUUGUGCAUGCAGAACUACACAACUGUGAAAAAUCAAAGGUUAAUAAUUUGACGAACCACCAAUACACUGAAGGAGAUCCACAAACAAGUGAAAACCACAUUACCAUGGCGCCAGAUGCACUUCCAGACAUUCAAGAAAUGCAGAAAAAGAUCAAUGCAAUCGAAAUGGCUGUUAAACAUUUGAAUGAAAUUUUCAAACCGAAGGAUGAAUUGAGGGAGAUUCAGGAGUUACAAACUGGAAUUAGAUGGAAUCGAGAAAACACUCAUUCUAGCAACCGUGGCCCUCGAAUAAAUAAAGCAAAAGAGCAUCAGGAUGGGACUAUUGAUAAGCAGAAGAUAGGGAAAUCAAUUCCAGACAUUCCUGUGGCAGAGAAUGAAGUUUUGACAAAAGACAUCAUGCUUGAUCAAAUGUCUGAAAGCUCAUCCUAUGGGAUAAGUAGGAGAGGAACUCCUGAGGUUGAUGAUCAGAUGCUCGAGCUAUGGGAAACUUCUAACAGGGAUAGUAGUAUUGGCCUCGGAGAUGGUAAGGUGCAACAAGAGCCAACCACCGGACCAGCCAACUACCAUCAGAUAGGAGUAACCAAAGAACCCAAAAAUAAGCAUCGCUCUGUAGAAUCAUUGGUUGAGAAGGAGUUGAGUGUGGACAAACUAGAGAUCUCAAGAAGAUUGACACAGCCACGUGAAGAAGACAACAAAGGGAAGAUUAUAGAAAGACUUGAUUCUGAUGCACAGAAGUUAGCAAACCUUAAAAUUACUGUGCAAGAUUUGAUCAAGAAGAUUGAGACCACUGAAAAGAGCACAAAGGGAAAAGGAAAUGAGUAUGAUAGUGUGAAAGGGCAGCUUGAAGUUGCUGAGGAGUCCAUCACUAAGUUGUUUGAUGCUAACCGCAAGCUAAUGAAGAAUGUAGAAGAGGGUAAACUGUCCUUUGUUGAAAAUCCUGAACCAGAUUCAGAUGAGAGUGGAAGCAUCAGCAGGACGAGAGUUUCCGAACAGGCACGGAGAGGAUCAGAGAAAAUUGGACUUUUGCAAUUGGAAGUGCAGAGACUACAAUUUCUUCUGCUGAAACUUGAUGAAGAGAGAGAUAUCAAAGGAAAAGCAAGAAUGAUGGCGGAUCGAAGUCCAAGAGUCCUUUUGCGAGACUAUCUCUAUGGAUUUGGAGGGACGAGAAGCAACCAGAAAAAGAAAAGGGCACAUUUUUGUUCGUGUGUGCACCCACCCACCAAAGGAGAUUAGUCAAGUAAGCAAUCUAUCGGCUGAUUAUUAGCAAAAUCCUUGCUUCUUAGAAUAUACGAGGCAUUAGCUUUCUUGUUUGUAAAUUUUCUUUUCAAGAGUUUAUCCAUGAGACCCAAAAGGUUUUUUCGGUGCCAUGGAGAGAAACUACCCUUCAUUUUGCUUCCAGCUUCUAUUUGUGCAUAUCGUGCUGCCUCUUUUAAUUUUUGCCAUUUCUUUAACUGAAUAAUAAUCUCUCCUUCCAUGCUGGAAUUUGUUGAAGUUAUUCAUGAUAAGCAUAAGGCAUAGAACACCCGUGGUUGUGAAGAAUAAUUAUUUGCCUAUAUGAUUAUGUUGUUUAAAUA